CACUCUUCAGGACAGCAACUCUUUUCCGACGCUCACAACCGUUUCGGGCCCAGUUGUUCGCCUGCUGUUCGCAAUAAUGCAGGACGAAUGCCAUUGGAAAAGGUUGACGCCCGACCUUGUAAGAACGGUUGCGCUCGGCCUUCACCCCGGCACCAUCGCCAGCAACUUGAAGCUCGUUGACAGUUCAACAGCAGCGGCACUGCGAGGCAAGUAUAAAGUGGUAACUUUGGGCCAGAAACGGAAAGGCGCGCGGGAACCCCAUCGCGCGCUGCAGCCUUGGCCUGGGCCCAAUUUCGUGGCGCACUGGGGCCGCCCCGAGCCCUGGCGCUCGCUGACCCUUCCCCAGCGCGAGCGGCUGCUGUGCCUGGCCGCGUCCUCGGGCCACGCGCCCAGCCUGGACGCGGCCCUGGCGCAGUGCGGCUGCGCCCUGAAGCCGGAGGUGCUGACGGCGGCCGCCGCGGCCGGCAACCUGGCGGGCUGCGAGCGGCUGCUGCACGGCGAGGGCUGCUCCUUUGACCGGGCUGCGCUGAAGGAGGCGGCCCGCGGCGGCCACCUGCAAGUGCUGCAGCUUCUUUCAAACAGCUUCAGAGGCGCAACCGAUUCUUCGCCUAAAUGUGCCACGAACGCGGCUGACGCCGCUGCCCCCGAUGAAGAACUUCUACCAGGCUGCCUGGCGGCGGCGGCGGAGGGCGCCUGCGCCGGCGGCCAGCGCCACAUCCUGGACUGGCUGCAGCAGGCGCACGGCUACUGCCCGACCCCACGGGAUGCGGAGGCGGCGGCGGAGGCGGGGCAAGUGGAGCUGCUGGAGCAGGGUCUGAUGCCGCGGGUUCGCGAGUACGCCCUCGGCGAAAUGUCGUCGGAGAACGAGGUCGACAGGCGGGCGAGGGCACGGUUGGUGAUGGCCAUCGCAUACGGCUGCCCGCUGGCGGUGCUGAAGCGACACCAUGACCAGCUGUGGCCCUGGCCGCUGCCGCAGCAGCGUCAGCAGGCCAAAGAGACGGCAGAGGCGGAAGCGGAGGCGAAGUCCGAGAAGGCUGAGGAGGAAGCGGCUGCACCAGAAGCGGACUCCGCCGCCCAGCAGCUACAGCCGCAGCAGCAGCUACAACCACAGCAGCUACCGCAGCUGCAGCUACAGCAGCAGCUACAGCCGCAGCAGCAGCAGCAGCUACAGCCGCAGCUGCCUGCGCUGGCGCUGCUGCUGGCGGACGCCGUGGGCAGCCCCACGCCCGACUGGGACGCCAAGGUGGAUUUCCUGCUCCACGACUGCUGGGGGCCGCGCAUCACACAGCAGGUGCUUCUUUCCGGCGGCCGCGUUGAGAGUGGCGGCGGAGGAAGUGGUGGUGGCGGCGGCGUCAGCAGGGAGCAUGCCCGCCGCACCGUUGCCUUUCACCAGCUGCCGGACGUGCCAGCGAGGCUGCGGCGGCUGGCGGCCGCCGGCGCGGUGUUCAACGAGCAGCAUGUGGUCCUGGCGGCCAUGGCGGCGCACUCGGGGGCGCUGGCCUUCUACUGGCAGGAAGCGGGCGUGGCGCCGCCGGGCGGUGGUCGUGGCGGUGGUGGUGGCGGCGGUGGCGGCGGUGUGCCGCUGCUGUUUUGGAGCUACGUCACAGCGGCUCUGGGUGACGGCGCGGAGGAGGAGGGCAGGCACCCGCCGCCGACGGCGGCGGCGCUGGCGGCGCUGCGACGGGAUCUGGGGGCGGUGUUUACCGCCAGGCAGCUUUGCCAGCUGGCGGAGCAUGCGUCGGCGGCGGCGCCGGAGGCGGAGGCGGCAGUGUUGUGGCUUGCUGGCGUGCUUGCGGAGAAUGGGGCCGGGGACACAGCCGGAGGCGGGACGGAGGCGGCGGCCGAGGUGCAGGAGCAGCAGCGUCGUGGGCCUGGAUACAUUGUGGGCGGCGAAGGAGGAGGUCUGCGUCGCUACGCGCGGCAGGCGGAACGGGGCCCGAAGCAUUGGUGGGGCCAGGCCUUUGCCAACGCCGCACGCGCCGGCGCCAGCCUGAAUCUCCUGCAGCUGCUGCGGUCGGCCGGCAGUAACAGCAGCAGCAGCAGCAGCAGUAGCAGCAGUAGCAGCGCUGCGGUUGCUGGCGGCGGCGUGGGUGGCGGCACAGGUGGCGGCACGGGUAGCGGCUGCGCGGGCGGCGCUAGUGGUUACAGCGACGUCAGAUUGGCUAUUGACCUGGGUGCGGUGGCGGAGGGCGGCAGCGAGGAGGCGCUGGAGUGGGCGGCAGCGGAGCUGGCGGCGGAGGCGGAGGCGGAGGCGGCGGCGGAGCGGCGAGCGGCGAGCGGCGGUGCUGGCGGCAGCGUUGGCAGUGAUGCUGCUUUGCGGGCCGAGCCCGCAGCGCCCGCUCCCCGGCGCCUGAGUGCCAACGAGGCCAGCCGUGUCGUGCGUUCCGGCAACAUUGCAGCCCUAAACUGGCUCCGGGCCCGCGACCUCUUGCCGCUGCCAAAUGAUCACGACGAUGGAAACAGCUAAAACAGCUUGUGGGCGUGGGCUGUGGGGGUGUGGGAGCUGCUGCUGUGGCGUAACAGGUCAGGUGGUGACGGAAGACUGAUGAGAUGAUGCUGGGAUAAUUCAGAAGGGCAUUAAUGCUGUGCUGGAGGCCGGGAGGCAGGUCCUGCUGGGACAGGUCCUGAUUUCGCACGCAAGCCAGGAACAUGGACAUGACUGGAGCCGUCUGGAGCACGUGUGUGUGUGUGUGUGUGUGUGUGUGUGUGUGUGUGUGUGUGUGCGCGCGGGAAGGACGGACGGCGGUUGCUGCUGGGUCAGCGGCGGGGCGCAUCUUGGCGGGCACAUCUACCUAGGCACAAGGGGUCCAGCAAGUGUUGCAUGGCGUCAAGGCGCCGGUGAUGAGACUAAGGUCGAUGCCUUGAUGGUGGCUGUGCAGCGGCUGUGCAUGGGCAGGGCUCGCCGUCGCUCGCAUGGGGAUGUUUGUGGCGUGCCUGGGCCGUGAACUGCAUCGUCUUGGCACCGUGGUUGCCAAGCCCCUGUCUUGACUUACCAGACUAGUCGUGACAUCAUUUCAUAGCGGGUAUUGUUGCGCUUAUGGACGGAGGCUGCAAGCCGAAUACGAAGCUCGAUCGAACAAGUCUGGUAUCUAUCGUUCAAUGAAUGCUGCAGGAGAAGCAUGCUAUUGGCAGCGACUUACACCAGAGCUCAUUCGGAAAAUAGCUGC